UUAGAAGUCCCAAUGUCCUCAACAACAAACAGUAAUCGGGGAAGCAACCACCUUGUGUGGUAAUACCUUUUGGAAUCAGACUAUAUAUACGUGCAUAAAUGUCUUGAAUUAUUCGAGAUAAAAAUGUCGAAAGAAGUCGUGAAAUCAACGGCUAGGAAACUAAAAUAUUAUAUGGAAAUUAAAAGAUUAGAAGAUGGAUUUGAUUUAUCGGGUCCUGAGUUACCACGACAACAUUACCCAGCAAAGAAGCCAGUAAGUGAGCGUAGGAAAGCGAAAUCGACACUUCGAUAUGAUGGCCUUCAUGACCGAAGUCUCAAACAUUAUUUCCAUGACCCGAAGGUGAAACAAAAAUUGAAUCAUUUAAACGCCAGGGACUGCGAGAUUGACUCAGAGCGAGAAUUUUAUAUCAGAGAACAAAUAAAACGUCACAUGAGAAAUUCAACAUUUACACAUCCUUAUUUACCAGAGGGAGUUUAUGUAUAUGACCCAGCAACUGAAUCCAAACCUGUCGGCAGACCAAAGAAAAAUGCAAAAACAUGGUAUGGCAGUAGUUCUAGACCAUACUCUGCUGGAAGUAGAUCAUACUCGGCUGGACCAUCUAGGAGAAAAAAAUCAAGUUCGCUGCGAGGUGGUAAUGUCCAGUUACGAAGCAGACCACCAGGUUAUGUUUCCAAAGGUGAGGCCGAGAGGAUUAUAAACACAGCAACCAAACUACUGGCAGCUACUGAAGCUGUUACAGGAACAAAAGGAAGGGGGAAAAAAAAACAAGCUCCUCAUGGAAGACCAUAUGAUUCUUACUAUGGAAUUCAACAUGAUGACGAUGAAGAGAGCUUACCAUACAUAGACAGUCAUCCCGAUGAUCAUUAUCAUCGACAUGGUUACCAUAGUGAUGAUACUUCUACUCGUGCAUCCAGUAGCCAAGUUGCAGUACGGCCACGGCCAAGGACAACCGGUGGGUAUAUACGGAGACCCAACAGACCAAGGACCGCUAAAGGUGCACGGCCGAGGCCCACCAGACCAAGUAGUGCUAAAUUUGCCUAUGAUCUUAGUGGCAGAAAAUAUAGAAUUUCAAGAGUUGAUGAAUCAUCAGGGCCAUAUACAAAUGGCAGAUCAGAUUCGGAAACAGAUAGAAGUUCUGAUAGAGUUCCUCACCGACCAAAUGGUAUAAAAGUCAUUGUACCGAAAGGAAACACUAAACAUUUACCCGAAUGGCUCGCACUGCAAAGAGCCAAAGCAAGGGAUCAAAAACCACCCAAACCAGAAAGAAGAACACAGAGCAGUCAUCGGCGAGAAAGAAGCCCAGUUGAGAGAAAUGGUGAUCAUAGACGAGAAAGGAGUCCAGUUGAGAGAGGUGGUGAUUUUGUCAGCACCGAUAUGUCUACACAAACUGAUGUGACGCAACAGACGCAGACAAUUAGUUAUGCUGGUGCCAAAUCCGUCCAGACUGUAACCCAUGCUUCCACUGGUAUUCAGUUGGUUGAUAGCAGUGCACAAGCUACAGUGAAUACUAAACCAAUUUAUGCACAAACUACUGAGAUGCCUGGCAUAGCAAUACAGGCUGAUAUAUCCAAACCUGCUGAUCCAGACCCAGAUAAUGAGUUAGAGAAAUUAAAACAUGGUCCGAAACUAAAAUCUGGAAAGCGGACCAUCUAUGAGAUUCAAGUUAUGACCGGCAAUAGAUUGGGGGCCAGCACCAAAGCUGAUAUAUACCUAACUAUAUACGGCAUCAAAGGAAACACCGGUAAAAUAAAACUCAAGCAAUCAAAACUUGGAAAUAAAAUUAAAUUCCAGAAAGGACAGACUGAUUUAUUCAAAGUCGACACGUACCAUGUUGGCAGACUGGAAUGUAUAGAAAUUGGACAUGAUAGAAUAGAACUAGGUAUGGGUUGGUAUUUGGAUAAGGUCAUAAUUAAGGAAGCCGAAGGCACAGUUAACGAGUUUUUAUGUAAUAGAUGGUUAUCGGCCAAAGAUGACAAUGGACGGACAAUACGAGUAUUACCGCUCUCGAAUGUUACUUAUGAAUCUUCAAGCGAAUCUGAAAGCGAGGAUGAUACGCAGACAGAGCCCGAAAGUCUGGUCGAGAAAAGUGAAGCAAGUACACAUUAUAGUCAGCCGUCUCUUGAUGGAAAUGUAAGUGACACCACGGAAACACAGGAAGUUAGUGAAUCUGAAGAUGAGAAGAAAUAUGACAGCAAAACUAGUCAUACUAGUGUAUCUCGUGGUCGCUCUGGUAGUGAAAGCGAAAGUGAUAGUGCAACUGAUACUGAUACUGCAACUGAUACUGACAGUGAGAGUGAUAGUGAAGGCAGUGUCAAAGUCGUACGAGUACGCCGCGGUGAUCCGGCUCCUCAACUCUCAUCUGCAUCCAGCAGAACAAAUUCUUUGGCUUCUGAAUCCUCAUCGUCUGAUUCAGAUACCAUAACAGAAACUGAAACCGAAACUGAAAUUGAAUUUAGAAGUAAACCAAAGUCUUAUUCGGGAAACGAGGAAGCACCCUCAAGGGAAAGCGCUAAGCCUUUGGGGGUGCGUGGGGAUCAGAAAAAAGAAGCCAAACAUAAUGAUGGGUCGUCUUCUGAUCAAUCAAGAAGAUCUUCGGAACAUAGGCCGGGGACUGCUUUGCCCACAAUUAAUGAAAAAGAUCGUGAAAGCAAAGCCUCCUUAUCAUCAUCUACGUAUUCAUCGUCAUCAUCAUCAUCAUCGUCGUCGUCGUCCGAGUCUGAUGAUGAAUCGGUCAAGGAGAGAGAAAAGAUGACAACCAACGGUGACUCAAAAAAACAAAAAGAAUCAACAAAGAAUAGAUACUCCUCAGAUAGUGAGUCUCACACUGAUAGCGAUUCAGAUAGUGUGACUUCAUCCAGUAGUAGCUAUAGCAGCGGAAGUGAAACAGAGGAUGAUAGAAGGAGAAAAGAGGAUGAUAAAUCGAAAGAUAUCCCUCCGAGACCAUCAUCGCCAACACCACCUCCUUCAACAACAACAGUAACGUCAGACGAGGAUAAAAAGACCAGCGAGGCUUACAUGGAAGGGUUUAAGCUUGGAAUAAAAGCCAGCGAGGAUUCUGAAACUACUUUAAAGGCAACACCAUCCACUUCUCAGAACGAAGAAGAGCGUCAUCAACACCGUGGAAAGUCCAUACAUGAAGCAACAAAAGCUGGUGAUUUGGACAGAGUUAAAGAGCUUGUAGGAAAGGACAAAAGCUGCAUCAACAAAACUGACGAGCACGGCAAGACUCCAUUACACAUAGCAGCUGAGAUUAACCAGUUGGAAAUAUUAAAAUGGUUGUCAGUCAACGAAAGUGAUCUGACUAAGGAAACUAACACAGGGUACACAGCAAUGCACUUGGCGGCAUUGAACGGGCACGUCAAAUGCGUAAUGUCGUUAUCUGCAAUGGGUGCAUCUAUAUACAAAUCGACCGUUGAUAAACAAACACCGAUGCAUUUAGCAGCCAUGAGUGGAAAUUUAGAGUGUUGUAAAUGGCUAGUUGCAAACAGAGCGUCAUUGAACGUCAAAGACAUCAUGGAACGAACACCGUUAGAUUUAGCUGAGCAGUAUAACCAUGAAGAGGUAGUGAAGUUUUUAAAAUCUUGUCAAGACGAAUUAGAAAAGAAAGACAGCAGUAUAUCACAGUUAAGAAGUCCCACAAAAUCUGAUAAACCCCAAGAGACAACCCAAGUGGGUUUCAGUGAUUUGAUGAAUGCAAAAUUAUCAUCUUCUGGAAGCAGUUGGCAAGACGACCAAAAUGCUCGGCAAGCACGUGGUAGGGGAAACAUGCGACAACGCAGCGACAGUGGUAGUAGCUCUAGCAGUUAUACGAGCAGCAGCUCAAGUGACAGCAGCCAUUAUCAUAGACGUAGUCGAAGGCGCAGUAGCAGCAGUACUCAGAGUGGAAGUUCCUCUGGUAGUAUUACAAGAUCUGAAUCAGAGACUGAUGUCAAAAAAGUUGUUACCUGAAAAAAUGA